ACAUCUUAGAACCCUUUUGUAAUGAAUAUUAUUAUAAGAACAAUUUAAUAUGGAAAAAAAAAAAAAAAUGUUCUUUUCACCACGACCUGCUGUUGUUGUUGGUUGCCACAGUGAUUUGGACUUGAAAGCGCCCAUCUUUUCAUGUCCAAUGACACUGAUAGUUGAUAUAUCACUUGGCUUUGUUCAUGUCCUCUUUUGACCCUUUAUUUCUCUUCUCUCUUCUUCUGUUUCUUCAUCUUUUUCAAGCACUGUGUUGAAGCAAUACUAAAGUUGAGAAAGUGUGUUUGUGAGUGUCUGAUAAUGGGGUCUCUGGGAGGUGAGACUGCAAAGAAGAAGGCAAUGUGGCUCUAUCCAAAGGUUUUGGGAUCCCAUCCUUCUGAGAGAUGGGGGCACUCAGCUUGCUCUUCUCAUGGAGUUGUUUAUGUCUUUGGGGGAUGUUGUGGGGGUUUGCAUUUCAGUGAUGUCCUUGUGCUAAAUCUGGAUACAAUGGUCUGGAACACUCUUGUAACAACGGGUCAAGGCCCUGGCCCAAGAGACAGCCAUAGUGCUGUUCUUGUGGGGUGCAGGAUGAUAGUGUUUGGUGGUACAAAUGGUUCUAAGAAGGUAAAUGAUCUUCAUGUGUUGGAUCUUGGGACCAAAGAGUGGAUACAACCUGAAUGUAAAGGGACUCCACCGUCCCCUCGCGAAAGUCAUACAGCAACAAUCGUUGGAGACGAUAAGAUAGUUAUAUUUGGGGGUAGUGGAGAAGGUGAAGCAAAUUACUUGAAUGAUUUACAUGUUCUAGACCUCAAGACUAUGAGAUGGACUUCUCCUGAGGUGAAAGGUGAUAUACCUGUCCCUAGAGACAGUCACAGCUCUGUUGCAAUUGGGGACAAGCUUUUCGUGUAUGGCGGGGACCGUGGCGAUCGCUAUCAUGGCAAUGUUGAUAUGCUUGAUAUGGACACAUUUACUUGGUCAAGGUUGGCUAUUCAAGGAUCUUCGCCGGGUGUUAGAGCAGGGCAUGCUGCUGUCAAUGUUGGGACAAAGGUCUAUAUCAUUGGAGGGGUUGGAGACAAACACUAUUACAAUGAUGUUUGGGUCCUAGACGUGAGUACUUGUUCAUGGACACAGCUUGAUAUAUGUGGCCACCAACCACAAGGGCGAUUUUCUCAUACAGCCGUUUUUACAGACUCUGACAUUGCCAUUUAUGGAGGGUGUGGGGAGGAUGAGCGUCCUCUCAAUGAGUUGUUGGUCUUGCAGCUUGGAGCAGAGCACCCGAAUGGCCGGUACAACAUUUCCAUGUGCAAAAUUUUUGGAAACCAUUGGAAUCAAGAAAAGAGACGGUUCCCUAGAGAAGCAGAAAGUAACUUGAAAAAUGUGCUCAUGGGAAAUAAUGUCGAAGUAGCAAGAAAGGGAGCUCAUGAAUCGGAAUCAGAACCAAAGCAAUGUUUUGGCUUCAGUUCAGAUACAUUGCAUCCAAAGAGAAGACGAACUGCGAGUUCAAAGGCAUGGGAGGUGGAAUUGGAGCAAGAAGAGCAUUCUCUUUCACUUUCCCAGCAUUCAUCUCCCUCGCAAUCCGAUCAAGAACAGACCCCACUAAUGAAACACACUGAUUCCGUCUCAGUCUCUCAAGGAUUUCAUUUGUUUAAGCGAAUUCCAAGCAAUUGCCAAUCUAACUACAGUCUUGCAAGUAAGGAGAAAGAGCUCGGAAAUAUGGCCCAAGGAACUCGACAGGAUGUUCAAUUCCUAGGAGAACAUCAAAACCAGCCAAAAUUGGAAAAAUUUCUUCAUUUUGUUCCUUCAAGUAGACAAGCUGCACAAUUCUCAGCUGUAGAACAGAAAUCAGUGGAGGCAGGAGGGCCUGUUCCAAACCUGAUUGGUUCUGAGGUCCGAGGUAAAGUUGACGGAGCCUUCGAUUCUGGUCUCCUGAUGACCGCAACCAUUAAUGGCAAAAUGUUUAGAGGCGUGUUGUUUGCACCGGCAACAGGAGUUACUUCAAGAGGGACAACUCUUGCACAAAAUCCAUUGCCUCAAACAAGCCAUAUUGCGGUUGCACAACCAUUCCCAAACCAAAAACAUUUGGAACCCUCCAAGGCUUCCCAGCAGCCAAUGAAAUAUUCCAUGCCAGAGUCUAGUCACAGCUUCCAGCAAGGCCCGGUGACUCGACCGUUUCCGGUCGUCAGAGCCGCUCCGGCUCUAGCCAGAGAGCCAAAGCUCAGAAGUGAUCUCCAAGGUGUGGUUCUAACACUUGGAGGACCUGGAAGUGCCCAUGGAAGAUCAUAAACAUGUCAGGAUAUGGACAUUUGGUCGUUUAUAUUAUAAUAAAAUUUUGUAAAUUUUUAUAUAGAAUCUUCUUUUUCAUUGUUGAUGGUUUCAGUUUCAGGCUUUCGGAGUUAGGUAAGUUAGGUGGUGCCAAAUGUCAACCCCUCGGCCUAGAUGUUUAUUUGAUAAUGUAAUAUUAAAUGGUUAAGACUUCAUUUCUUGAGUUUAAUCUAAUCUUGUUACAAUCCUUGUUUGUAAA